GUCCACUUUACAAAACCUGAAACGGUCAACAAAAAGAACAUUGAGGGUCACCACUAACCACUGUUGGUUUCUUUCUGUUAGAUUCUUCUUUGUUUCUCUGUUUUCAUUUUUAGGUGAGAAGAAAGAUAGAUUACAAAGGCGAAAGAAAGGACAUCAUCAAUGGCGGAACUCAUGGCCAUGGGCAGUGAUGUUGUUCAUGUUGCGGUGAAGAAUGAUGUCAGGGAGAGCAGAUCAACUCUGCUUUGGGCUUUAAAGAACUUCGGGGCCAAGAAAGUCUGCAUUCUCCAUGUUUAUCAGCCAAAAACUGCUUCUCCUGCUGCUCGCAAACUUGAAGAAUUGGAGGCUAUCAUGUACGAGACAUUACAUGAUUAUUUUGAUCUUUGUCAACAAGAAGGGGUGAAUGAGGACGAUAUUUACAUAUCAUGUAUAGAGAUGAACGAUGUGAAGCAAGGGAUAUUAGAACUCAUCCAUGAGAGCAAAAUCAAGAAGCUCGUCAUGGGAGCUGCAUCAGAUCAUCAUUAUACAGAGAAGAUGUUCGAACUCAAAUCCAGAAAAGCAAAGUAUGUGUACCAACACGCGCCUAGCUCAUGCGAGGUUAUGUUUAUGUGUGAUGGACAUCUCAUCUACACAAAGGAAGCCAAUCUUGAAGAUCAUGUGGAUGAAACAGAAGCCGACGCUGGACAAUUGAAACCGAAACUUUAUUCCUCUGCUUCACCGAAAUGCUCUGCAGAAUUGGUCUCUGCAAUUGUAGCUUACAUUGACACAAGGAGAGACAGAGACAUGUUAGAGCCAACUGCAUCAGAAGAUCAAUCUGAAAGCGACAGGAAUGAUCAACUGUAUAGACAGCUUAAGCAAGCACUUAUGGAAGUUGAGGAAUCGAAAAGAGAAGCGUAUGAAGAAUGUGUCAGGCGAUUUAAAGCUGAAAAUACUGCAGUUGAGGCCAUUCGAAGUGCAAGAGAGUACGAGGCCAUGUACAAUGAAGAGGUGAAGCUAAGAAAAGAAGGUAAAGAAGCCUUAGCAAAACAGAGGAAAAUGGUGGAGAAGACUAAGCAAGAGAGGGACGAUGCACUUAUCAUCAUUCUGAAUGGAAGAAAGCUAUACAAUGAGGAACUGAGACGCAGAGUUGAAGCUGAAGAGAUGUUAGGAAAAGAGAAAGAAGAACACGAGAAAACUAAGAAGGAGAUUGAAGAAGUGCGAGUCAUUGUUCAUGACGGUAUGCAGCUGUACAAUGAGCAGCUGAGACAGAGGAAAGAGAUGGAGGAAUCUAUAAAGAGACAAGAGGAAGAGCUCGAGAAGAUAAAGAAGGAGAAGGAAGAAGCGUGCUUGAUAAGCAAGAACUUGAUGCAGCUAUAUGAAGACGAGGUGAGGCAGAGGAAAGAAACAGAGGAGAUGGGAAAGAGAAGAAGAGAGGAGCUAGAGAAAGUGAAGAAGGAGAAGGAAGAAGCUUGCUCUGUAGGACAAAACUUCAUGAGGUUAUAUGAAGAAGAAGCAAGACGUAGAAAAGGAACAGAGGAAGAACUCAGCAAGGUCGCGGCUGAGAAAGACGCAGCCAGCUCAGUCUGCUCGGAGAUUCUAUUGCUUCUUCAGAGUUACACGCGUCGCCAUGGAAUUCCUUCUGGAUUCUCCGUUGAGGAAUCCGUUACACGCCAGCCUCCCUCAUAUUUCAUCUGCCCUAUCUCACAGGAAGUAAUGCGAGAGCCUCGUGUUGCGGCCGAUGGCUUCACCUAUGAAGCUGAAUCCUUAAGAGAAUGGCUAGACAAUGGUCAUGAGACAUCACCAAUGACGAACCUUAGGCUUGCCCACAACAACCUAGUCCCUAACCACGCCCUUCGUUCCGCCAUUCAAGAGUGGCUCCAACGAAACUCUUGAGAAUCGAAUCUCUGCUUUGUGUUUUGAAUCUCGAGUAUAUUAUCUGUGUUUACUUAAAUUUUUUUUACUUUUUGUGAGUGGAGUGGAAAAAGACUGGAAGUUCAUAUAUAAACCGUCUGUUUUAUUAGGUGCAAAAACCCACUCAUAAAAUACUUGCUGUUUUCCUCUGUCUCGAGAAACCUGUCUGCCGUCAACACUUUCGGAAAACGCCCUGUAGUGUUGUUACUUUUUGGCGUUGUCUUAAUUAACACGUCCCUUUCUACGGGCCUGUAUUACCAAAGAUGGCCCAACAAAGGGCCCACGAGUUUUGCGCACGUGAUAAUCAGAGCAAAAGCGCGACGCGUGGACAAAAUGACCAAAAGGUGAUCUUUUUCAUCGUGGGAGACUAUGAUUGGCCAAGACAGUUUGAUCAUAGUAUGAGGUCGACCACAUUAGAUUUUGAGAGAUUAUCUAAUACAUGGUUUUUUUACUACUGUAACAUGCCGUCUUGUCGGUACGGUUCAUACGGAUUCAGUUUUUAAAAUUUGUAAUAACUCAAAAUAAUUACAAUU